AUGAUAUCGUUUCGAAAUGCAUUCAACAAUCCACCAAUUGUUGUUGUUAAUCUUGUUUUUUCUCAUGCUUCCGUUGUCGGUUUACCCCGUUUUUUUUCUUUUACCCCCGAUUUCGAAACGUUGCACUUUUUUUGUCAGGUUCUCAAUUCCCGACUGAAUAUGUGCUGCGAACUGACUCAGAUACUGACUAAUGAUCUCCAGUCCCGGCAUUCGUCUCAUUUGGCAUGGAUGAUCAUUAUCCUCAUCCUAAUCGAGCUGGAAAAAAUGUCGUUUCACCUUGUACCAGGGACGCCAUUAUCCGAUCGAAACCAUAUAUUUCCGGUCACACUGUAG